GCCUGCGGGCGCGAGCGGGGAGCGCCGCCCGCCCGGCUAGACCCGCGGUCACCGGAGGGGCGGCCGGAGCCCCACCCAGGCCAGGCACCGGCUCCCAGCUCAGCGAACGGGAGCGGGCGGAGGCAGGAGGCCGGGGGCAGUAGCCUGACAGUGCCCACACCCCUGGCUCCCGCCCCAAACCGCCCACCAGCCCCUUUGCGUCCGCCGGGAAGAUGGCCGUGGCGCUGCGGUACUUGUGGCCCCUCCUCCUGUGCAGCCCCUGCCUGCUCAUCCGGAUCCCCGAGGAAUAUGAAGGACACCACGUGAUGGAGCCACCUGUCAUCACAGAACAGUCUCCACGGCGCCUCGUUGUCUUCCCCACAGAUGACAUUAGCCUCAAGUGUGAAGCCAGUGGCAAACCCCAAGUGCAGUUCCGUUGGACUCGGGAUGGCGUCCACUUCAAACCCAACGAGGAACUGGGUGUGACCGUGCACCAGGCGCUCCACUCCGGCUCCUUCACCAUCACGGGCAACAACAGCAACUUUGCCCAGCGGUUCCAGGGCACCUAUCGCUGCUUUGCCAGCAAUAAGCUGGGCACUGCCAUGUCCCAUGAGAUCCAGCUCAUGGCCGAGGGUGCCCCCAAGUGGCCAAAGGAGAAUGUGAAACCUGUCGAGGUGGAGGAAGGGGAGUCGGUGAUUCUGCCCUGCCACCCUCCACCCAGUGCAGAGCCGCUCCGGAUCUACUGGAUGAACAGCAAGAUUUUGCAUAUCAAACAAGAUGAGCGGGUGACAAUGGGCCAGAAUGGCAACCUCUACUUUGCUAAUGUGCUCACCUCGGACAACCACUCAGACUACAUCUGCCAUGCCCACUUCCCUGGUACCCGGACCAUCAUUCAAAAGGAACCCAUUGACCUUCGGGUCAAGGCCACCAACAGCAUGAUUGACAGGAAGCCACGCCUGCUCUUCCCCUCCAACUCCAGCAGCCACCUGGUGGCCUUGCAGGGGCAGCCCUUGGUCCUGGAGUGCAUUGCUGAGGGCUUCCCCACACCCACCAUCAAGUGGCUGCGCCUGAGUGGCCCCAUGCCAGCUGACCGAGUUAUCUACCAGAACCACAACAAGACCCUGCAGCUGCUGAAUGUGGGGGAGGAGGAUGAUGGCGAGUACCGAUGCCUGGCUGAGAACCCUCUGGGCAGUGAUCGGCAUGCCUACUACGUCACCGUGGAGGCUGCCCCAUACUGGCUGCACAAGCCCCAGAGCCGCUUGUAUGGGCCAGGAGAGACUGCCCGCCUGGACUGCCAAGUGCAGGGGAGGCCCCAGCCAGAGGUCACCUGGAGAAUCAAUGGGAUCCCUGUGGAGGAGCUGCGCACAGACCAGAAGUACCGGAUCCAGCAUGGAGCCCUGAUCCUGAGCAACGUGCAGCCCAGUGACACGAUGGUGACCCAGUGCGAGGCUCGCAACAGGCAUGGGCUCCUGCUGGCUAAUGCCUACAUCUAUGUUGUCCAGCUGCCGGCCAAGAUCCUGACCCCAGACAAUGAGACAUACAUGGCAGUUGAGGGCAGCACUGCCUACCUUCUAUGCAAGGCCUUCGGAGCCCCUGUGCCCAGUAUCCAGUGGCUGGACAAGGAAGGGAAGACUGUGCUACAGGACGAACGCUUCUUCCCCUAUACCAACGGGACCCUGGGCAUCUGGGACCUCCAGGCCAAUGACACUGGACACUACUUCUGCCAGGCUGCCAAUGACCAAAACAAUGUGACCAUUGCGGCUAACCUGCAGGUCAAAGUUGCCACUCGGAUCACACAGGGACCCCAGAGCGCAAUUGAGAAGAAAGGUUCAAGAGUAACAUUCGUGUGCCAGGCGUCCUUCGACCCCUCCUUGCAGCACAGCAUCACUUGGCGUGGGGAUGGUCACAACCUCCAGGAGCUUGGAGACAGUGACAAAUACUUCAUAGAGGACGGGCGCCUAGUCAUCCACAGCUUGGAUUAUAGUGACCAGGGCAACUACAGCUGUGUAGCUGGUACUGAGCUGGACAUGGUAGAGAGCAGAGCAGAGCUCCUGGUGGUGGGGAGCCCGGGGCCGGUGCCUCAGCUGGAGCUGUCUGAUCGUCACCUGCUGAAGCAGAGUCAAGUGUACCUGUCCUGGAGCCCUGCUGACGACCACAACGCUCCCAUAGAGAAGUAUGACAUUGAAUUUGAGGACAAGGAGAUGGCACCUGAGAAAUGGUACAGUUUGGGCAAGGUGCCUGGGAACCAGACCUCCACCACCCUCAAGCUGUCACCCUACGUCCACUACACCUUUAGAGUCACUGCUAUCAACAAAUACGGCCCCGGGGAGCCAAGCCCGGCCUCUGAGACUGUGGUCACACCUGAGGCAGCCCCGGAGAAGAACCCCGUGGACGUGAAGGGUGAAGGGAAUGAGACCAGCAACAUGGUCAUCACUUGGAAGGCGCUCAAGUGGAUGGACUGGAAUGCACCCCAGGUUCACUACCGCGUGCAGUGGCGCCCCCAGGGGACACGGGAGGCCUGGCAGGAACAGAUCGUGAGCGACCCCUUCCUGGUGGUUUCCAACACGCCCACCUUUGUGCCCUAUGAGAUCAAGGUCCAGGCGGUCAACAGCCAAGGCAAGGGCCCUGAGCCCCAGGUCACCAUUGGCUACUCUGGAGAAGACUACCCCCAGGCAAGCCCUGAGCUAGAAGGCAUCGAGAUCCUCAACUCCAGUGCUGUGCUGGUCAAGUGGUGGCCUGUGGACACAGCGCAGGUCAAGGGCCACCUCCGGGGAUACAAUGUGACAUACUGGUGGGAGGGCAGUCAGAGGAAGCACAGCAAGAGGCAUGCCCACAGAGGCCAUGUGGUGGUGCCUGCCAACACCACCAGAGCCAUCCUUGGUGGCCUGCGGCCCUACAGCUCCUACCAUCUAGAGGUGCAGGCCUUCAAUGGCCGGGGACUAGGGCCCGCCAGCGAGAUGACCUUCAGCACCCCAGAGGGAGUGCCCAGCCACCCCGAGGCUUUGCACCUGGAGUGCCAGUCAGACACCAGCCUGCUGCUGCACUGGCAACCCCCACUCAGCCACAAUGGCGUGCUCACUGGCUACGUGCUGUCCUAUCAUCCUCUGGAUGAUGGGGGCAAGGAACAGUUGUCCUUUGACCUUCCGGACCCUGAGCUGCGGAUGCACAACCUGACCAACCUCAGCCCCCGCCUGCGGUACCGCUUCCAGCUGCAGGCCGCCACAAAGGAGGGCCCUGGCGAGGCCAUCGUGCGGGAAGGAGGCACCAUGGCCUUAUCAGGGACCCCGGAUUUUGGCAACAUCUCAGCCAUGGCCGGCGAGAACUACAGUGUGGUGUCCUGGGUCCCCAAGGAGGGCCGGUGCAACUUCGGGUUCCAGAUCUGGUUCAAAGCCUUGGGGGAUGAGAAGAUGGGUGCUCACCUCCCACCACAGUAUGUCAGCUACAACCAGAGCUCCUACACGCAGUGGGACCUGCAACCCGACACCGACUACGAGAUCCACCUGCUCAAGGAGAGGGUACUCCUGCACCAGAUGGCUGUGAAGACCAACGGCACCGGCCGCGUGAGGCUCCCUCCUGCCAGCUUUGCCACCGAGGGCUGGUUCAUCGGCUUCGUCAGCGCCGCCAUUCUGUUGCUGCUCGUGCUGCUCCUCCUGUGCUUUAUAAAGCGCAGCAAGGGCGGCAAGUACUCAGUGAAGGAUAAGGAGGACACCCAGGUGGACUCCGAGGCCCGGCCGAUGAAGGAUGAGACCUUCGGCGAGUACAGGUCCCUGGAGAGUGACAAUGAGGAGAAGGCCUUUGGCAGCAGCCAGCCAUCCCUCAAUGGAGACAUCAAGCCUUUGGGCAGUGAUGACAGCCUGGCUGACUAUGGGGGUAGCGUGGACGUCCAGUUCAACGAGGACGGCUCCUUCAUCGGCCAGUACAGCGGGAAGAAGGAGAAGGAGGCAGCGGGAGGCAACGACAGCUCAGGGGCGGCCUCCCCCACCAACCCUGCAGGGGCCCUGGAGUAGUGGGGUCCAGUCAGGCAAGGCCAGGCAGGACACAGCCCAGGGCUGGGCCACAGGGGAGUCAAAGGCCCUUCCCUCUUCCCACCGGGCCAUGGCCCCACCCUCUGGCCCUGGGUCCGAGGGAGUCUUGAAUUGGGGGCAGAGGAGAGGAACUCAACUGCCCCUAAUCCCCUCCUGACUACCUGGUCCCCACUUUAUUGCCAAAACCCAGCUGCACCCCUUCUUGGGCACACACUGCUUUGUUCUAGCUCGGGAGCACAUCAGCUGCACAUCAGGUGCCACCUUGUCAGCCUUUGGGCAGAGAGAGGCCAUGGCUGGGGUGGGGAUAGCCCCAGAGGGGUCUCAGACGCCGCCUUGUAGGGUCUCCUCAGGACCAGGGUUGGUACCUCCGCCUCCAGCCACAACUUGGCCAGCCUGGCUGGGACUGCGGACAGAACUCAGUGUCCCCACCCUCUGGGCAGGCUGGCCACGGGUGCAGAGGAGGCCAUCUGGAGGGCCCAGAGUCCCCACCUGCCAGCAUCACUCUCCAUCAGUGCCCCUCCUCCUGAUGCCCGCCCCGCCCCAUGGCUGGCUUUCAGGAGCUCCGUACACACGCUGCCUUUGGUACCCACCAGACAACAUCCAAGUGGCCUCCGUCACUGCAGGGCGGGCACACCUCCUCCCCACUGCCUCUGGCCCAGCCUCCAUGGCACCCCAGGGCCCCUCAGCAGUCCGGCCCACCCCCAGUCUGAACAGUUCCCUUCCUCAGCUUCUCCUGCCCCCACCUGGGAAUGUAAAUACACCGUGACUUUGAAAGUUUGUACCCUUGCCCUUUCCCCAUAUGCCACUAGUGUGUAGGCAGAUGUCUGAGUCUCUAGGUGGUUUCUAGGUUUUAUAGCAAUUAGCUUUGAUGAUCCUAUCCCAGGAAAAAUAAAAACAGACAAAAAAAAGGGAAAAGGAAAGAUUGGUUCUCCAGCUCUACUGUGCACCUGCUCAGCAGCCGAGGUCCCCUUUGCUUGGUCUGUUGACGAGCCCUUUACAAAAACCAAAAGCAUAUAUAUAUGUACAUAAACACCAGAUUAUAACAGGCAAAUAAAAACCUGGAAACAA